AUGCCUGCCGAUAUCAUCAAGGAUCAUUUGGGAGAGGAUGGAACAGUCGAAAUGGAAAUGCUCAAGGUUGGAAUUCCUGCCGUGACGAUGGAACUAGGCUCCGCCAAGGAGUGGAACCGAGACAUUAAUACUAUGCGAGGUGUCCAACAAGGGAUCAAAAAUGCCAUGUCCCACCUGGGCAUGUGGGAAGGUGGAAUUGAUAUGCUUGGGAUUGAGACGUACAGUUGCAAUUCUUUCACCAACAUUCGCGCCAAUCGUGGCGGCUACACGGAAACACUCGUGGAGCUGGAACAUGAUGUCAGUGUUGGCGAUGUCGUGGGCUACAUGUACGAUGCAUGCAUUUGGCGGAGUUCGUGA